AUGACCGAGAGGCGCGACAGCCAGUUCCAGUCGAACGCUCUCUUCACCUGUACGGGCAAAAUCGCCGGCUUACUGGAUCACCAGAUCAUGAAACAUGCCCCGGCUUUCGACCAAGACUAUAUCUUCAUCGUCGUCCCCGACACGUGGACUUUCCACGACAAGGCCAUGUCCGGCCAGGCUUCUGCAACACAACUACUGCCGACGACACCCAAGAGCGCGGUCGGCAAUCCCUCGGACUAUAGCGUUGCGUUGGCCAGGUUUACCUCUACGAAGAAACCCAAGGCCGCCCAAAGCCCCGCCUCCCCCACGCCGCAUGCUUCUGGCCCAGUCGAUCCCCUUAUGCUGGCAUCAAGUCGGUCAUUGCCCGAUCCCUACCAAACCCCAACCAAGAGACCGCGACUUUCUCCCGAAACUUCCACCAUAAUCACCGACUGUGACGGUCAAGACUCCCCCAAAUCCGAUACCUCCUCCUUUCUGUCCCCGGAAGACCCCGCAGAGUCAGAGACGGACACCGAACAGGUCAAUCACCAAGACACAUCCGCCUCUGGCUCUAUCAGACCUCCCGCGUCGAUAUCUUCCCGACCACUGCGCGCCCGACGUCCGCCCAAGAAUAUUCUCUGA